AUGGCAAAUUCGAAUCAAGAGAUUGAUAAUAAUCAUAACUUUCUACGUAAUUCUUAUUCAAUCGCUGAUACUGCUAUUCGACUUGAUGAAUCGCACCACACAGAACAACAAUACAAUUUACCUGAAAACAUUUGGUCUAAUUUCGUUGAAGGAACCGAAUUUCCAAACGGAACAGAUAUGUUGUUUGAUUCAGAGCACAUCAUUGAUUUGCAGCCUAAUCCCUCAACAUCUGAUAACGAUAAUGUAACGCCACAGGUUGAUCAACAAGAAGAUUCUUUAAAUACACCACUUGAGUCAUAA